GGAGGUGGAUGUAAUUUAGCCGGAAGAAAGAAGUGACCUUAAUGAAGCGCGGGAAAAUGGACAACCACAAAAUCAGGGGUUUUGAGAAAGCAAGGGUUUCCGAUACCGACUCCACUAGGGUCCGGUCAAUUUCAUUGUAUUCUCAAAGAAAAAUCAAUGGAUGAAGGAAUAGAGUGUAGUCCGAGUCUUUCAACUGCCGCAGGAACUGUUAAUUUUAACAGGAAUGGAGAAUCUGUGCCGGACCUUACCGGAAAAGUGCAUCAGUUGCCGUGUUGUAUCAAGUACGAUGGUCCGACAUCUGUUGCUCACUACUUCAAGCCCAAGGAUACCGGGGUGGAAAUUGAUGGAUUGAGAAUUGAGGAAGCAUACUUCAGAGGAAGGAAGUUACAGGGCACAACUAUUCCUCUUCCCCAAGGCUACUCCGGGUUUGUCUUAAGAAAGGAAACUUCUGCUGAAAAUGCAAAAUGCUGGGAGAUGAAUGCCAAGUUUCAAAAUCUAAGCGUUUGGAAUCAUGAUGGUCUUCCUUCACAUGAUGAUGCUUUUAUGCGUUCCUUUCAUUGGUUUGCUGUUUCAAAAGCUUUGCAUCAACCUGCCAGUGCUGAAGAUCUGGAAUCCAUACUAUUUUGCAUGGAGCAGGAGUAAUUUUUAACUGUAACAUUAAUUUCACUUAUGGCCCCCAUUUGUGUUCUUUCUUAGGAAGUAUAAUUUGUGAUAUUGUUUAGUUUGGAAUGGAAUGAAUUAUUUCUUCUUACAAGUUCAAAGCGUGAUGAAGAAUAGUAUCUCAUUUCUUCUAGCAAUAUCGUAGGCUACAAUUGGAUUGAUGUAUGCUCAAAGAUAUGAUAAUCCACAGCCACCCUUAGAUGAAGACAUUGAGAUCCUUGCUGAGUUUUGUGUUUAAUUUUGCUCAACAUGGUUAUAAGUUAAAUCAAUUGCUAUUCUAAACUAAUACGGUAAGCAGUUUGAUCUACUUUUUUGUUUCAAGAACUGUACUUAGUCCGAAAAGGAUGCUAUUAGAACAAUAAGAUUAGCAUUCCUGUAAGGUCAAGAGGCUUAAAAAUCAUGGUAGAGGAGGAUUGUGACAUGUGAAAACAAGAAUUAUGAAAGGCCCUUCUAUUCCAAACUUUUGAAAUCAAUUAAGAAUAUGAAGAAAAACAAUGAUGAUUAUUUUGCAACCUGAGUAGAGAACCAUGUUCAAAACUAUAGGAUGUUUUGUUGUUCUCUUCGGUUUUUGUUUGUAAACUACUUGCAUAUAAAUUGUGUUCAUUUGGCACCUUAGCAAAUGAUGAUAUUUGACUCAUGACAUUUGAGAUGGACACAUAAACGUUAACUUUGUUGCCAUUUCACUGCUCGGGCUUUAUGCAUGUCAUCUUUCUGCGGUGGCUAUGUAAUCUUCUCUGCAUCGUUCUAAUAUUAUUGGAUGUCCCCCGAAGGUACAACUCACUCCUUUUCUCAGGAUAUUCUGUUUGUCUUAUCUCACUAGCUUUACAUAUUGGCUUCCAGUGGUAGUGGUAUGCCCACUACAAUGUAGUAGUGAAAAUAGCCAGGAUCUAUGAAAGUUCAUUAUUGCACUACCUGGAUGCAAAGUCACUUUUUUUUACUGUCAUUUUGACAAGAUCUGAUGCAAAGUUUAGGAAGCCUCCUUUUGUGUAUAUUUGUUCUUUUCAUUUUAAUGGUGUGUCAAGAAACCUAAAGAAUGAUAUUGUUCUAGAAUAGAAUGUGGUUUGAGUGUCGGAGAUGAUGCAAGGCAUUGCAUUGGUGCAGUCUUUAUUCGUCCUCCUUUUUUCUUUUGGAGCUUCAAAAGCUUGUAGGAGGAAUAUAAUAGCUAGAAUUUGGUGUAAUGAAUUCAGUCAACUUCUCUAAUAUGCCCAUGUGAGUUUAGUGUAUUAGUUCUAAAGCUUGUAAGAGGAAUAUAAUUGCUUGAAUUGGGUGUAUUAAUUCAGUCAACUUCUCUAAUAUGCCCACGUGAAAAUACAAUGUCGCUACAAAUUAGUGCUGCUGCCUGUACAAGUGACAGCUAGGUGAAUAUAUUACCACUAGCUGAUCAGUGUGCUCAUCACCCACUGAUUCCCUCUUUCGCCAUCUUUACUUAUGAUCAUCGCAUAAGUUGAGGUUAUUUUUCCUUUGAAGCUAAGCUGUAAUAAUAAUAUGGAUUAUGAUAGGCAAUAGUAAACAAUGAAUCUUGAUGUGCUCGU